AUGCUAUUAAUCAUAAUAUAUUUGUGUACCGUUUGUGUUAUUACAGGAGUUUUUAGUUUUGUAUCACUAACAUUAUUUGCAAUCGGAUCAGCUGCUCUACAUGUGCCAUACAGGAAACCAUGGAUCGAUUCGGAGACAGUAAAUAGUUUUUUCGGAGGGAAGAAAUGGGUGGUUUUGGUAGCCGGUUCGGAUGGAUGGAACAAUUACAGACAUCAGGCGGACAUAUGUCAUGCAUACCAAAUAAUUCGAGAAAACGGCAUACCGAAAGAAAAUAUAAUUACGAUGAUGGUGGAUGACAUUGCAAACAAUCCAAGGAAUCCCACUCCAGGAACGAUAAUUAAUCAACCAAACGGAACGGACGUGUACAAAGGAGUUGUCAUCGACUACAAGGGGAUGGAUGUAAAUAGCACAAAUUUCUUGAAGAUUAUCACUGGCGAUAAAAAAGCCAUGCAAUCCAUUGGAACUGGAAAAGUAAUUGAAGGAGGACCGCACGAUAAAGUAUUCAUUAAUUUUGUCGAUCACGGUACUACAGGAAUAUUAGGUUUCCCAGACGAUUUAUUAUACGCUGAUGAACUGAACGACGCGCUCAAAACUAUGCACGCAUCUGCACGUUAUAAAAUGGUGUUGAUGUACAUUGAAGCGUGUAAGGCAGGUUCUAUGUUUGAUGGGAUACUCCUUGACAACACAGGUGUUUUGGCGGUAACUGCAUCAGGUCCCAGGGAAAAUUCGUUUGGAUGCUACUGUCGAUCUCAAUCUGGACCAUACAACACAUGUCUUGGAGAUUUGUUCAGCGUCACAUGGAUGGAAAACUGGGACGCGUUGGUAUCCGAAUCGUCUGAGAAAAAGAGAACCGUUUUCUUUGACUUCAAUGAGGCGAGAACCAACGUAACCGAAAGCAACGUCAUGGUGUACGGUGAUUUCAGAAUGGGUCAUGAAAAGCUCUCCUCGUUCAUAGGUUACAAGAACCACAGCAAAAAACCUGCUUCGGCCAAACCAAUAAUGACCGCAACGAAUAAGCCAAAGAACACAGUGUCCAGUAGAACCGUGCACGAAAAUUCGGUACAACAAGAAUUGGCGGGCCAUAAGUUGUCAGUCUCGGAAAGGCACCAUUUGUCAACAGAAUUACAUUUGAAUAACGAAAUGAGGUUGAUCAUCGACAAAGCACUUCGGACACUUUAUUCGAAGAUAGUGAAGGCUAGACCGGAAAUCAUAAGUAAAGUCGGUGACUUUUACGAACCCAAUCAUCUAGAACUCUCGUUAGAUAUGUUCCCGUGUUACAGAAGUAUUCUAAAUAAAAUCACGGAGAGCUGCUUUUCUUUGGCACGGAAUCCCUACGCUUUGGAUCGGUUGACGAUUUUCGCAAACUUUUGUGUCGUCGAUAAACACAUACACCAGAUGGUCGAAAAAUUGGUCAGUGAAUCGUGUUCGAACGAUCAUAAAUUUAAUAUAAAAAACGUAUAUUAG